UCCGGUGCAACUAUUGUUCGAGCAGUCGGUCGGUCUGCUUGUAGUGUGCGUUUGUGUGUCUGUGUGUUGUGUGUUCGGUGCGUUUGUUUUAACGAUACACACACAGUCUGCGCGUCCCGUGUUGUUGUUGUUGUUGUUGUUUUUGGUGUCCGACCUCUGCAGUGUGUCGUUUUGUGUGCGAGCGCGUUCUACCCCCCAAAUUGAAAACAGAAAAAAAAAAACAUUUCUCCGCAGGCAUUUGGUUUUUUUUUUUUAAUUUCGUAUUCGAACAAAAUGUGGUAAGUCUUCGGAGAGAGUUCAACAACAGUCGAGUUAUUCGUCAACAAUCGCCCCUGCCCGUUAAUUUCCACGCAGACGAAAUACACUAGCCCGAACAUGCCUUGUUCCGCCGUUACACUGUCUCUGGCCACCAUAACGGCCAUCGUGGCCACGGCGCUGUUGGCCAUCGCCUUCUCCACGGACAACUGGGUGUACUACGAGGUCCGGAGAAACCAAAUACAAACUGCCGUCGCUCGUUCUUCAAGUAGCCAAGCAUCGACGGUUCUCGAGCAGAUGAACAAAUAUUUCUUCUUCACCAGGACGAAAGGACUCUUUAGAAUAUGUUACCCGAAAGACAGACCUCCGACCGUUGACACCUAUUUGAGUCCCGUGGAAACACACUGCAUGAAUGUCGAUUACUUCUUCUUGGAUUCGGACAACCAGACACACGAAUUCUCAGAGGACGCCAUGACCAGACUCCACAUGGGCAGGUCGACAAUCGCCUUGUUCAUCGUUAGUUUCUUCGUGAUGUUCAUCGCCUUUUGGACUGGAGUGGCGGGAUGCUGGAGACGAUCCCCAGGAAACAUAACGGCCACCGCGAUUUUGGUACUUCUAGCUUGUUUACUCAGCGCCGGCGCUAUGGGCUUCUGGCACGGAGUCGAGUACUACGAGAAGGAGCGUCGAGUAGGAGAUGAGUUCUACCAACAAUGGAAUCAGAUUCUCCAGGAAAAUACGCGCAUUUCGUACGACUGGUCGUUUUUCAUGGCGUGGACCGGGGUCGGUUUCUCUCUAGUGUCGGCCAUAUUGUUUUCUGGUGCCGCCAUUUGCCUGCGAGGCGAACGGGAACGCGAAGAAGCUCUCAACAUGCAAUACUUAAUGCCAGUGUACCCGCAAAAACAACAGUACGCCUAUGCCGGAUAUCCAGCGCCCAACGCUUACCCGUCGGGACCGUACUACCACGGUCAACAGCAGUACGCCGGACAUUACAACUACUAGACAUAUUUUAUUGGUUCUCUAAAGGCUUACCACGAUACCUAUUGUUCGUUCGAACGUGCCCUCCAACAACAUUGUCGUUACUCUCCUUAACAUAAACAACAACACAGCUGUAUUCGUUUAAUUUUCGCUGUAUUUGACCAUAGGGCACAAAAAAAAAAAAAAAACAAUUUAUU